ACAACCGAGCCGGCCCACAAGAGAGCGGGACGCAUCAACAACGAGAAACUGGAUGACGAGCUCCGGCUGUUAUAUUCUGAUCCGCAGCUCAGGAAACACGCGCUGGUGCUUGGGAGGGCGGGCAUCGUCAACCUCGGAUCGACGGGAUGCCUGAGCUCUACCCUGCAGAUCCUCUAUAUGCUGAAACCCAUCCGAGAGAACAUCCUCGACGACGAAGCCGUACGCAGGGCUAGUCCCAUUGGCGCAGCACUACAUGGCGUGUUUCAGCAUCUACAGAGUUCCUCCCUGCCUGUAUCAGUAUCACCUCUGGCGCUUACCCGGGCUUUCGGCUGGGAAGAUCGCCACCUUCAUGAAGCGCAGGAUAUCUUGGAGUUCUGGAGGAAACUCACCGAUCUCUUCUAUCGGAAGAGACUCGGAGAGGGUUUACGCAGCACGUUCUGGAACUUAUUUGCAGGCCAGAUGAAAACAAGUCUGAGAGGAGCUGGGCGGGACAGGGUUGAGACUUUCUUUGACCUACGGGCAAAUACCCGAUACAUCGACAGGACCGAGAUCAACACGCUUGACGAGUCGCUCCGCGAAUACUGUUCCGAGUUCGAGGGCAGGAAGGCUGAUUUCCGGAUGAUACCUCCAGUUUUCAUGAUUGAGAUUCAGAACAUGAUCUCCAACCCUGAAACAGACAUGAUGGAUACGGUAAGCCCGUCCCGGUGUGCCACCAGCCAGACUCCUAAGACCUCACGCCUUUGUAGUGGCGCUCAACGUUCACGUACCCGCGCGUGCUGGACCUCACGAGGUGCAUCAACAAAGACGCAGAGAACAUCAGACUUGCUCUAUCAGCUCCACGGGGUGGUAGUAUGGGAAGAAGUUGAACCCGUGCCCAGGUUCCUGCUGUAUCUGAGGCGCCGCGUCGAGGAGCAGUGGCUUCUCUUCUUCAACGAGUCGGUCACGUACGCGCGUGAAAGCGAGGUGUUUGAGCACAACUUUCGCCUGGGCGCCGACUCAUUGCCACGGGGUGCGCCGCUGAGGGUCCCGAUUUUUCUUCUCUAUCUUCGAGUGUCUAUGCUUGACGGCCUCUUGGGCUGAGAGCGAGGGAACGCUCGCGCCACGCUGCCAAUGUAUGAGAAGCAAGAAUACCUACUGGCUUGAUGCUAUGGCCGAGGAAAGAUUUUGGCCAUGCAUUACCUUGAGUCCACCACGGACUAUUCGUCCAACCGCAUGUGUGCCGAUGAAAGAGAUAUCUUCAGGGGUUUCAUCCCUCUAGCGAGGCAAGUUCCACAUGGGGCUGGUUCGGAGACGCCGC